AUGACUGCCAUUCUUGCACCCUCGACUUUGCUAACGGCCCUGAUAGCUGUACUGCCAACGUAUCUUGCGUUUCAAUGGAUCUACAACCUCUACCUACAUCCAUUAUCUCAAGUGCCUGGCCCGCGUCCAUGGUCGGCAUCGCGUCUUCCCUUUGUGGCAUCUCUCCUGCGAGGAACAAUAGUCCAUGAUAUCCAGAAGCUCCAUGCGAGGUAUGGACCGGUUUUGCGCAUCGCACCGAAUGAGGUGACAUUUGCGCACCCUGCAGCUUGGAACGACAUCUUUCAGUUCCGGCCUGACCGCCCUCAAUUCCUCAAAGAUCCGGUGUGGUGGAAUCGUCAGCCGGGACAGCCACUGUCCAUCAUUAAUGCCCUUGACGUGGAUAAUCACGCCCGCAUCCGCAAGACCAUUGCUCCAGGUUUCACUGCCCGUGCAUUGCGGUCGCAGGAACCCAUGAUACAGAGAUAUGUCAAUUUGUUAGUCCAGCGGCUUCGGGAGGGUUUGGACACGGUGAAAGCUGGCCAAGUCAAGACGGUUGACAUUUCUGUUUGGUUCAUGUUCACUACAUUUGACGUCUUUGGGAAUCUCGGCUUUGGAGAGUCAUUUGACUGCCUGCAGAACUCACGAUAUCAUGCUUGGAUCGAGCUCUUGUUCAACAGCGUCAAGGCUGCCUCCAUGGUUGCCGCAGCACGGUUCUAUCCGGCAAUCGAAUACGCACUGAUGAAGUGCAUCCCAUCUUCUCUCAAGAAAAAGGCAGAGAACCACUAUCUACAGAUUGUGGACAAGGCCAACAGGCGUCGCAAUUUUGAAUUGCAGCGCCCGGAUCUCAUGCACCAUGCGAUUGAAGCGGAGAUUGACAAGACCAUAUCAGAGGACGAGAUCAAUGCAACUUUCAUGGUAUUGACGACGGCGGGGAGUGAGACGACUGCAACGGUUCUCGGUGGCACAUUCAAUUAUCUUGUCAACAACCCAUCAAAGCUUGCCAUUCUGGUCAACGAAGUCCGCAGUGCAUUCCAAAGCGAGGACAAGAUUACCGUGGCUAAACUCAAUGAUCUUACAUAUCUCACAGCUGUGCUCAAUGAAGGCCUUCGUCUAUGCCCGCCAAUUCCAUGGAUGCUGCCUAGGGUUGUGCCCAAGAAUGGGGAAAAGGUUUGUGGAGUUUGGCUCCCUGAAGGGACUCAGGUUUCUAUACAAGUGUACACCAUGAACCGCGAUGAGGGCAUGUUCCACAGAGCCCUAGAGUUUAUCCCCGAACGCUGGCUACCAGAAUCGACUACGGACACGAGCAGUCCGUUUUACAAGGACCAGCGCCAAGCAAUGCAGCCGUUUAGUGUUGGUCCACGCAAUUGCAUGGGACAACACAUUGCCUGGGCUGAAAUGAGGCUCAUCAUGUCAAAGCUGCUCUGGAAUUUUGAUUUUCAGGCUUCACAAGGUAAGCAGCUUCAAUGGGAAGAUCUUCGGACGUUUCUACUUGUAGAAAAGAGGCCCAUUCAUGUAGAUUACAAGCUGAGGGCUUCUUGA